AUGAGUACUUAUGAUAGCACGCACAUGACAUACCACUGUGAACUUCAUACCGAUUUUAAAGGUACGAAUAUAUCAAAAACAAGAAGAGAAAAUUUCGAAUAUUUUUAUUCAUCAGUUUUUAUUGAAAAUUCAAACUUCACAAAUAACGAAGCUUUCGGAAAUGUUCUUGCCGCUGGCUGGGGAGGUGCUUUCUAUGUAUUCUCCAGCAGAAUUAAAUCCGAUACUUGCAUUUACGAGGGCAAUAUAGCUCUUUGUGGCGGAGCUAUCUCAUUAAUUGAAUCAGAUGCGUUGCUUCUUACAAUUACUUAUACUUCAAAUCACGCUUUGAUUAAUGGAGGCGCCUUAUACGUAGCAAACAAAAAGGAACCAUCUAAAAUUUGGAACAUUAAAGGCACAUUUAAUGGAAAUAUAGCGGACCAAAUGGGUGGAGCCAUAUCUUCUAGUUACGUCACCGACUUUUAA